AUGGAGAAGGCCCGCAGCAUGUUACAUGACAAGAGCGUCUUGACGGGAUGGUGGGCGGAAGCGGUAAACACAGCAGUUUAUUUAAUUAAACGCUCCAGCAAUACGGCCCAUCUAGACAUCACACCCUUCGAGCUGGUAUACAAGAUGAAGCCUCAAAUGGAUCACUUGCGCGUGUUUGGUUUGCACGGCUACGCUCACACUGACGAUGUGAAACGGACCAAGCUGGAACCCAAUGGCUUCAAGUGUAUGAUCUUCGUCAACGCAGAGAAUGUCAAGGGCUAUCGCGUGUUUGACUUGGAGAUUACCAAAAUUUAUGUGACUCGCUCUGUGAAGUUGGAUGAGCAUGAGGAUGGUGAUGAAGUCAAGGUUAAGCAUCAAGUGGAUCGACAGCCAGUUUCGGACGAUCCGAUGAAAGCUGUCGAAAAGCCAGCUGCUGUUGUCGAAAUGGAUGAUAUGGAUCACGCGCCAAGCAUCAAUGUACAGCGACAAAUGCCUUCUGAGAGCCCUGUACAAAACAGACUUGAGAUUAUGGAGUAUCAUCAAUCGACCCAAUUGCAGCACGAAAAUCAUGUCGAAGAGUCGGAGGAAAGCAGUGAAGGUCCAACGACUUUGAACGGGGCUAUGAUUGACGAGGAUGGACUAAUUGCAAAAGCUGAUCUUGCCUACGCUGUUUGCAUUGAUGAUAGUACGGACCUACCAACUACUUAUGCUCAAGCAUUGGCAAGCGACGAUGCGAUGAAAUGGCGUGAAGCAAUGAAUGCUGAGCUUUGCUUUCAUACAAAAAUCAAACGUGGACAUUAA